AUGGUUCGAUUCACAGGUCACGAUAGAACAAGAAUUUUGGGUAUUGCCACGGCAGGAGGGAUGGCAGCCGAUGACUUUAGCGCUGGGAAGGAGAUGCCCGAACCUGGUGGAAUUCAUGCUGGAAGGUUAAACGCACCAACAAUUGAUGAAGUUGCCGUAUUAAUUGUGGAUGAAGGAGCGAGCAGUCGAGAUAUUGUACUUCAUCGUCGAGAUCAAAGUGUUGUGCAUGUUUCGGAAACUCAUCGUUGUUAUGAUGCGUUGCAGUACCCAAUUUUGUUUUGGCAAGGCGAGGAUGGUUACCAUUUCAAUAUUAAGAUGAAACAUCGUUUAACUGGCUUGGAAAUAGCAAAAAAAGUUAGUGCGAUGAACUAUUAUUCGUACAGAUUAAUGGUUCGGCUGAACGAAAUUAAUCAUAUAUUGAAUUGUAGAAGGCUUUGCAACCAAUUUAUAGUUGAUGUUUACGCUAAAAUUGAGUCUGAACGAUUGAAUUUUAUUCGAUUUAAUCAGAAAAAGUUAAAAUCCGAACAAUAUAUUCAUUUGCGCGAUGCAAUUCAGAAUGAUGGGAAUAUCAACGAUAUUGGCCAAAUGACAAUUUUACCAGCAACAUAUACUGGAAGUCCACGACACAUGCACGAGUACGCGCAAGACGCAAUGACGUACGUUCGGCAUUAUCAUCGACCCGAUUUAUUUAUUACAUUCACCUGUAAUCCUCAAUGGAAUGAAAUAAAGCAAUAUAUGUUUCAUGGUCAAAGUGCUUCUGAUCGCCACGAUAUUGUUGCGCGUGUGUUCAAGCAAAAAUUGAAAACGCUUAUGGAUUUUAUUGUCAAACAACAAGUGUUUGGAAAAGUUCAAUGUUGGAUGUAUUCUGUGGAAUGGCAGAAAAGAGGACUUCCGCAUGCACAUAUUUUGGUUUGGUUAGUUGAUAAAAUUACGCCAAAUGAAAUUGAUAGCGUAAUAUCAGCCGAAAUUCCUAAUCCAAUCAUUGAUCCAGGACUGUUUGAAUCAGUUACGAAGCACAUGAUUCAUGGACCAUGUGGGGCAUUAAAUGUGAACUCACCGUGCAUGGCUGAAGGAAAAUGCACAAAACGGUACCCAAGAGCAUUAAUAGCGGAAACAAUUUCUGGUAAUGAUGGUUAUCCGUUAUAUCGUAGGCGUUCACCUAAAGAUGAUGGCGAAACAGUUAUGGUGAAAUGCAAAAAUCAAGACAUUAAAAUUGACAAUCGUUGGAUCGUUCCAUAUUCGCCGCUAUUGUCCAAAACUUUUGGUGCUCAUAUAAAUGUUGAGUAUUGUAACUCAGUAAAAUCUAUCAAGUACAUAUGCAAAUAUGUUAACAAAGGAAGUGAUUUGGCCUAUUUUGGAAUUGCUGGGGAUAAAAGUGAUGAAAUCACUUCAUAUCAAUUAGGCCGUUAUAUUAGUACAAAUGAAGCAAUAUGGCGAAUUUUUUCAUUUGCAAUACACGAAAGGUAUCCAACUGUACUGCACUUGGCAGUUCAUCUUCAGAAUGGUCAACGUGUGUACUUCACCCCUGAGAAUGCGGCGCAACGAGCAGAACAGCCACCGAAAACAACGUUGACUUCAUUUUUUGAUCUGUGCAGAAAUGACGAAUUUGCUAAAACGUUAUUGUAUUCUGAAGUGCCACGAUAUUUCACAUGGAAUGAAUCUGCGAAAGUUUUUCAAAGACGGAAACAAGGGCAACCAGUACGAGGCCAUCCAAAUGUAUUUUCUACAGAAGCAUUGGGUCGUGUGUAUACCGUUUAUCCAAAUCAGGAUGAAUGUUUUUAUUUGCGUUUAUUAUUGAUUAACGUUCGUGGUCCUACGUCAUUUGAAGAUUUAAGAACAGUCCAUGGUGAAUUGUGUGCGACUUAUCGGCAAGCAUGCCAGCGUUUGAAUCUACUUGAUAUGCAUUGGGAAGCUACACUUGCUGAUUCCGUAAUUUCAUCAUCUCCACAUCAAAUACGAACAUUAUUUGCAAUUAUAAUAUCUACAUGCAGUCCAUCAAAUCCACUUGAAAUAUGGCAUAAAUUUCGUGAUGACAUGACGGAAGACAUUUUACUUCGAGUGCGACGUUCAGUUUCAAAUCCUGAAUUAGAAAUCACACCGGAAAUGCAUAACGAAGCUUUGAUUUUGAUUGAAGACAUGUGUAUAAUGAUUGCAAACAGAAUAUUAGUGCAGUUAGGAAUGAUAGCGCCUAAUCGUGUAGUUCAUGAUGUUAUUAAUCAAGAAAUGCAUCGUGAACAACAAUAUGAUCGUAAUCAAUUGAGAACAUUUGUGCAGUUAAAAGUUCCACAAUUGAAUAGUCAACAGAAAUAUGCUUAUGACAAAAUCAUGGAAGGUGUGAACAAUGAAGAAGGUGGAUUUUACUUUAUUGAUGCACCAGGAGGCACUGGAAAAACAUUUUUGCUGUCAUUGAUUCUGGCAACCAUACGAUCGGAUAAUAAAAUUGCUUUUGCAGUUGCUUCAUCUGGAAUUGCUGCUACCUUAUUAGACGGUGGUCGAACUGCGCAUUCUGCAUUUAAAUUGCCUUUGAAUAUAACAACGAUUGAAUCUCCUACGUGCAACAUUUCCAAAACGUCGGCAAUGGCAAAAGUUUUGCAGCAGUCUAAGAUAAUCGUAUGGGACGAAUGUACAAUGGCUCACAAAAGAUCAUUAGAAGCAUUAAAUCGAACCAUGCAAGAUCUUCGAGGAAAUGAAAGACUUUUUGGUGGCGCCUUUAUAUUGUUAUCAGGUGAUUUUAGGCAAACUUUACCUGUCAUUCCACGAUCUACUGCUGCUGAUGAGCUAAACGCAUGUUUGAAGUCUUCAGUUUUGUGGAAAUAUGUUAAAACAUUGCGUCUUAAUCAAAAUGUACGUGUACAAUUGCAAAAUGAUCCUUCUGCAGCUGAAUUUUCAAAACAACUUUUGGAAAUUGGGAAUGGUAAAGUUGCAGUCGAUAAAUCAACCGGAUUAAUAACAUUACCAAGCAAUUUUUGUAAUAUCACUCAAUCGAAAAAGGAGCUGGUUCAACGUGUGUUUCCAAAUAUAUUGCAGAACUACAGGAAUCAUGAUUGGUUGAGCGAACGCGCAAUAUUGGCAGGAAAAAAUAAAGACGUGAGCGAUUUAAAUGCAAGUAUUUUGCAAGAAAUAGAUGGCCAAUUUUUUGCAUACAAAUCAGUGGAUACGAUAAUAAAUGAAGAUGAGGUAGUGAACUAUCCUACUGAAUUUUUGAACUCACUUGAUUUGCCAGGCUUGCCAUCGCAUUAUUUGGCAUUGAAAGAGGGAGCACCGAUAAUAAUGCUCCGAAAUAUAAAUCAACCACGGCUUUGUAAUGGCACCAGACUUUCCGUGGAAAAACAGAUGGCCAAUUUAAUUGAAGCAACUAUUCUGAGUGGUAAAUAUAGAGGCGAAAACGUUCUAAUCCCCCGAAUUCCAAUGAUUCCAUCAGAUAUGCCAUUUGAAUUUAAACGGCUUCAAUUUCCUGUCCGUCUUGCCUUCGCUAUAACCAUUAAUAAAGCUCAAGGUCAGACUUUGAAUAUUUGUGGCUUAGAUUUGGAGCAACCUGUUUUCUCGCAUGGACAAUUGCUACAGGACAGACUGCUCUCCCACUUUGGGCUAUCACGUAACGAUGAUGAUAGCGAUGACGACAGGAGCGAACAAAGGUCAAGGCUUGUCGAAGUUGUGAGGGCACGUAACUUUACUUUAAGGGAUAUUCAAGACUCGUUAGCCCAUUUCGAUGGUACUGGUUCAGUAGACAUCAAUCUCUGGAUCCAGGAAUUUGAAGAAAAUGCGAUAGCUGUCGACUGGGACGAGAUCCAAAUGUACAUCUACGCGAAGCAAUUGUUGAAGGGUGCAGCCAAGUUGUUCGUUAGAAGUCAGGUGCGUAUCAAAAGCUGGGACGCUUUGAAGCAAGCUCUCAUUAAAGACAAACUCUCAUUGGGACAAAGUUAUCAUUGGCGGAAGUUCACCAUUGCCGCCUCGACCAGAUGGACUGGAAACUUGAGAAAAUUUCGGGUGUACUUCGAUUUAAUGCACGAAAUUCAGCCGCCAGCUGUUAUUUCUUCCGAAGAUUCUGACGUCAAGUUGGCAGAACACCUUGUGGUAGAAGGGAACAUGGAAUCUGAUAACGUUCUUGAAGAAACUUUCAUCACUAACUACAGAAAAAGGAAGAAUAAUUACGUUUAA